AUUCUAAUUAGGGUGCCUCACACCCUACAAACUCACAACAGUACUCUGCCUACUGAUAUAACACUCGUCGUUCAUGGAAGGAGGUUGAGAGCAAACACCUACAGAGCUUCCAGUCUGUCUUUCCCCAAGGCAAGGAGCAGUAGCUUUUUGGAGAGUGGAUGAGCGGGGUGUAUGGAAGUUCUGGGAUUCGAUGAAGAUCGCUGCCUUUAUACUGGGUCCUGCCCUGCUCAUGUUUGUUGCUUUCAGGAACUCAGUCACAUGGCACCUGGAGAAAUUCUGGGGAGCCUCUGGCUUGUUCUGGCAGACUCAGUGGGAGAACUUGUACCACCUCCUAGGGAGAAAUGAAUGGGCGAUUUUCAUAGUUUGCACUGGAAUAAUUCCUGCCCUGGUUUUCUGGAGCUUCAAUGGAAUCUUGAUGGUAGCAGAUGUGACUGGGAAGCCGAGUUUCAUCACCCAAUACCGCAUUCAGUCGGGAAAGAAUGAUCCUGUGGACAGAAAAAAACUGCAGAAUGCCAUACGAACAGCCCUGUUCAAUGAUUUUUUCAUCUCUCUGCCCAUGAUUAUCCUCAUGCUCCCUAUCAUGAAAUGGAGGGGGGAGCCAUGCAGUUUGCACUUGCCCACUUUCCAUAGGUUUCUUCUCGAGCUGGCAAUCAUUACGCUAUUGGAGGAAAUUCUCUUCUAUUACUCUCACCGGCUUCUUCAUCACCCUCUCCUAUACAAACACAUUCAUAAAAAGCACCAUGAAUGGACCGCUCCUAUCGGUGUAGUUUCUAUCUAUGCUCAUCCAAUUGAGCAUGUGGUUUCCAACAUGCUGCCUGUGAUGACUGGCCCAAUCCUCAUGGGAUCUCAUGUUACAUUCAUCAUGGUUUGGCACUCCCUUGCCUUUCUGGCCACCACCAUUUCUCACUGUGGCUACCAUUUACCUUUCCUGCCCUCACCAGAGUUCCAUGACUAUCAUCACCUCAAAUUCAAUCAGUGCUAUGGUGUCUUGGGUGUGCUGGACCGCCUGCAUGGAACAGAUCUGUUGUUCAGGCAAUCAAAGGCCUACGAGAGACACACAGUUCUGUUGAGCUUCACCCCCCUCACUGAAAGCAUUCCUGAUUGUCCUAAGAAAUCAGAGUGACCCUUAAGUGCAGCUUAUUUCCUUCGCCAUCAUCCAGAUAAUCACAAGAAUCAGGAUAUAUCAGAUUUUCUCGCAAGGCACUCUACAAGAGUGUUGUGGCAGGUUUCAUGUUUUCAUUGGCAAGAGACAGCUUGACCUAUAACACAGCCUCUGAAAAGGAUCAGGGUAACACUCAUGUUUAUAGAGCACCAUGACAGAAAAUGAAUGAAUGGUAGCAUCUACAGCAGGGGUAGGCAACCCGCGGCUCCGGAGCCGCAUGUGGCUCUUUUACACCUUUGCCGCGGCUCCGGGGCAGAUACUAGCGAGGGGAGGAGGCGCAUUGUGCGCCCCGACACUCCCCACUGUGGCGGGCGCUGUACUGGCUGUGACGUCACCUUCCCGCCUGCUGUCAGAUUGCGGCUCCAGAGAUAUAUUUGUUUUAAAUGUCGCAAUGGUUUUGCGGCUCCCAGUUUUUUUUCUCUUCGGAAACAGGUCCAAGUGGCUCUUUUUGUCUUAAAGGUUGCAGACCCCUGAUCUACAGAAAUGGUUGUGGUUGACCAAGGAAAGCUAAAAGUACUGUAUAACAAAGGGUGCUGGAGGUGAGAGAAUAUACUUUCUGGCUUACAGAAAACAACCAACUCUCAUAGAAUUCCAAGUUAGAAUUUCAGCCCGACUCAACAAAGGACCAAGAGCAGGGACAUUCGAGAGCAUUUACCGUAUUUUCCUGUGUAUAAGAGGAUGGUUUUUUGCUAAAAAAAAUAGGCAAAAAUUGAGUGUCAUCUUAUACAUGGAUAGUGAAUGCAGAUGGGGACGUGUGAUUAAUGGAAGCAGCAAGCAGAAGAUUGGCAGUGGGGAUUGGGCAGGUGAUUGGUGGCUGCAAGGCCUGCUGGCGAUUGGCUGUGGCAACUGGGCAGGCAAUUGGCUGUGGCA